ACGAAAUAGGAAGAGGAUGGUCGUCGUCGGCAAAAUCGGCAUUGUCUACCUGGUAACGCGCGUCUACCUGACAUGUGCCAUACUUACGGCCAAGGUAUUGUCGGAUCCAACCAAUAUAGCACGUCCGUGGAAUAGUUACCUGCCAAUCACCAGCGAAACGUCUUCUUCGUUCCCGAAACAUCUUAAUUAUCAGCACAACAAUCGCGCGAUCAGCAACGAUGCGAGAAAGCUCGCGUCCUCCGGAGAGUCACAGACGGAACAACCAUCAGGACUUCGAUCUGUGGUGAACAAUCGCAGACAAAAGUCGCAGACAGGUCCUCAAAGAUUCCCCGAGGAAAUUCACCAGAACGACGUUCGGCUCUCAACGAAAAUGCUGAACGUCUCGCCUUCAUCACCAACGACGACGACGACGACGACGACGACAACGACAACGAAGACGACAUUAUUAGAGUCACGAGGUACCCAUCAACGCCACGUUCCCCGACGAAUCGCAUAUCAGGAUAUCGAGACGCUCGACGGAUAUCUGACAGAAGAACCAAAUGACGAUACACCGCUAUAUCAUGAGGGACCCGAGCUGGCGACGUACCAUCACCGUCAUCAUCCGCAAGACAUAACGGCGACCAUCAAGAUCCUCGAUCGUUUCCUGAGCCGCACUCUGAACAACGACGGUUACAACAGCAAGCUACAUCCACCGCCCAAUCCCGUUCUGGCUCUCAUUCUGUCCCGAUACGGACGCUACGUGCCCGGACCGCGAAAUCCCCGCGUUUACGCGUACAUGGCAGUGAAUAACAUUCACAAUCAUCAACCGUUCGGCGCGUACAAAUACGAGUGCGACGAGGAGCCGAUCUACACUGCGAGAUAA